CAUAUAACGCACACGCACAUGAUUAAUCAAGGAGAUUUACGAUCAAUCAGGCGCUAGGAUCGAGUCUUUGGUGGUUUAGUUUGGGGAGAAAGGGUCAGACAUUAUUGCACAUAUCAUGUCAGGAUCUUCAGAUUUAUUAAAGGAUGCAAAACGUUCAGUUGAGAUGGAAAAAGAGUCAAAAUGUCGUACUAUAAUGUGGUCUGUGCCCCGUUCCGUCUCGACCGCCCUGACCAAAUGCAUCGCCGCCGGAGCUCCGGCGGACAGUACGGUGUGGUUCGAGCCGUUCUGCUACAGCAGGGCAAUUUCGAUCAUCGCUUCAGCCAAGCAUAAUAUUUCGUUACCGCUUGACUAUGAUGGAAAUGAAAAGACUUUUGAGCAAGCAGCAUCUGCUAUUGGAGAUAUGAUGUCCUGCAAAGUUCAUCCAGAACAUCUUGCGUAUGGGUCACUCAAACAGCUUCUAGAAAAAGAUGCCAGCCCCUGCGUGUUCGUCAAGGACCUGGCUCAAGCAAUGAAUAAGGACAAGAUCCAAUAUCUCCCUCAAGGGUACAAAUAUGUGUUCCUGAUUCGACAUCCCCUCCGAGUCUUCUAUUCCUUCCGAAAGGUCGCAUAUGCAAACUCUGCCAAGUUUGAGGGUGACUCCAAAGCAACAAUGGCGGAGGAAGAAUAUGACAUAGAGAGGGAUUAUGUCAUGUUUGAUAGAGCUGGAUUGUACUUCCGGGGUAUUCAUGAAACCUGGAAAUAUGUGAAGGAUAACUUGAACAGUGAGCCAGUUGUGAUUGACGGAGACGAUUUGCUGGCUAGGCCUGCUGAAAUGCUACCAAAGAUCUGUGAAGCUAUAGGUAUCCCAUACAGAGAGAGCAUGAUGCAUUGGAAUCCAUCUACUGACAUCGUUAAGAAAUGGGUUCACCCAGCCGACGGAUUGCUGGAUGAAUUGAUGUAUAUCUAUGAUAGAGCAUUAACAAGCAGUGAAUUUGCUCCAGCCAAUCCAAUGCCUCGCCGUGAUCAGGUCACCCAAGAUGUUAUCAGACUUACUGAUCAAGUGAUGAAAUAUUAUGAGGAGAUGUAUGAAACAAGAAUGAAAUGAUGCCUUUGUUUUGGUCAGGAAUUAAUAUUGUUGAAAUAUUCCAUUAAUCUGUAAUAACUUGAUAAAUAUAUUCACCAGUCAUUUAAUGUAACACAAUCAAACUCAUCAACUGGAGUGGUAUGUGGUAUAGGGCCAAUUUAUACAAGCAACUAUGCUUUCUUUGACCCCUUCACAUCU